UAUACAACCGUACAGCUAAGCCAAAUCACAUAUCCAACGCAAGAUGGUUGAAAAUUUGGGUACAGAAUCAAGUGGUUCAAUUGUUUUUAGCAUUCUCCGUCCGUGUUAUAAUUCUUCUUCACUGUCAUGUCAGCUUGGAGCUCGUGCUGUAUCUUCCCGAUCUCAUGUUCCAUUUUUAAAAGUACACCUUCUUAAAACGAGAAAAUUAAAAUCUGAUUCUGAUCACAACGCCACAAGUUACCAGCAUAAUUAUCUACGAGCGCUUCUAAUAAGUACUAGCAAUAACUCUGACUCUGACUCUCCAUGCACAUGUGAUCGGACGGUCGACUCGCGCGCUUGUUUCUCUCUCAAAAAUCGGCGGCCCUGAUCAGCUUGUCCUCAAUGAAAAGCUUCAACAAUUAGGGUACGUAGCAUAUAUUUAUACGAUCCUUCCUAUCCCCUGACAUCAAAUGGUAUUACCAUAUUCAUUCGUCCCAGGCUCGUUUAUCUCUCUUCAUCUUCCUUCUCUGGCUUUCAUACCCUGUUUCUCGCAACCAAUCCCUUAGCAAUGUCUAGCUCCAGAAAGAAGCUUUUUUUCAACACCGUGUCCGUCGACCUGGGCUGCGGCAGUUGCAGGAAACCAAGGAUUUCUCUUUCUCACAUCCUUUACCCCAAGACUAAGCCUCGCAAGCCAACUAACCAAAAGCUCCCGCUUCACAACUAUUGUUCUUCAAGCUCCUGGGACAACGACAACACCACCUCCAUAUUCUCUCCUUACGGCAGCUCUUCUCAGUUUUCCAGCUGCGACAACACCGCGAGGGCGCCGAAGACGGUGAGGGGUCUGGGCAGGGUGGGAGGCCAAGGCGUGGCGGUGGAGAAAGAUUCUGACGACCCUUAUUUGGACGUUAGGCAUUCCAUGCUCCAAAUGAUACUGGAGAACGAGAUUUACGCCGCGGAUGAUCUCAGAAAGCUUCUGCAGUGCUUUCUUCGGCUCAAUUCGCCGCACCACCAUGGGGUUAUUGUCAGAGCUUUCACGGAGAUCUGGAAUGGGGUGCAUUCUGUGAAGCCCAGCUCACCCAAGCUUUGCUUGUCGCGCAAGUCACGGUGGAAAUCUUCAAUUCUAGAUUGUAUGGCGGAAACAUGAAGGGUCGUCAUUCAAAGUCAGAAGCAGAUCUUUAUGACAACUCAAUCUGUGAUAAAGAUAUAUGACAAACACAUCAACAAGCAAGCCAACCAACAUUAGCUAGCCUCGUAAAUUCCCUUAAAGUCUUGCCAUGAAGAGUUGAAGACCAACAUAGAAAUGCUACCAUGGCAAGUAUAUAUCUCCUGUGAUCAAUAAAUAUGACACUUGAUUCACUUUAAUUAUCAUUUUAGUCCGAUUUACA